GCUCGCUCGGCCUUUGUCUGGGAGCCGCCAUCUUGGGCUCGGUGUCCUCUGCCCGGGAAGCUCCUGCGCAGCUUUGGUGGCGCGGUGACGCGGUGUGUGCUGGGUGAUGGCAGGAGGGCGCCGGCGUCCCCGAGAAGCGGACCUGAUCCCUCUUAUCUCUGUGAGAGGAAGGCCACAGUAGGGUACUGGAGGAUGAGAAUCAAGGAGGAGAAUCAGGAUGCUCCAGUUGACAGUCAGGUCACUCUCUGAAGCUCAGCUGCCUCUUCAGCCAUCAGGUCUAGGUGGCUGUGCUGUAGACUCUGUUGCCCUGUGACGUGCUGGUGCGGGGAGUUCCAUAGGGAGGACACUCGAUGCCCUGGAAGCCAGAAAUGGGGUUGGUGUCAUUUGAGGAUAUAGCUGUGGAAUUCACCUGGCAGGAAUGGCAGAACCUGAAUGAAGGUCAGAGAACCCUCUACAGGGAUGUGAUGCUGGAGAACUACAGCAACUUGUUGUUCUUGGGGCACUGCAAGACCAAACCUGAGUUGAUCUUCAAUUUGGAGCAAAGACUUGGGUCAUGGAUUGUAGGAGAAGCCUCAAACCAGAGCAUCCCAGAAUUCCAGGGAAUGAAUACACUGAGCAAGAUUUGUUCUGAAACCAAAACGAGAAAUGUGUGGCAAGUUGCAGUCGACAGUGAUACAUCAAAGGAGUUGACUGGAAUAGGGAAGGCAUUCAGUGUGAGUGCAAACCAUGUUUCAAAUCAGAAUAUAAAGAAUGAGAACCCACUAGGAAUGUGUCCUAGAAAGCUUAUUCUGUGGAAGAAUGUAUCUUUCCAAAAUGAUGCUGAUGAACUAGAAGUUGAACCUGAUGAUCUUAAUGGAAUUAUAAAAUCCACGAGACAUCCAGAGCAUGGUAGUCUAUACAAGUCUCAAAGUUCACAAAGUUAUUUUCAAAGUCUUAUACCAGGGAGGUCCCUCAACACAAAAGCAGUAUUACUGACUCAUAAGUUCAGUGAAUAUGCAAAAUCUUUAGGUGAUACAGCAUUUAUUGGCAAGGAGAUGGCUCAGAUAACGGGGAAAUCUUUUGAAUGUAAUAUAUCAGAGAUAAAGUGUAUCAAGUCUGACUUUGAUGAAAAUGAGCAAAUACACCCUGGAGAGAAACAGUAUAAAUGUAAUGACUUUGAGAACCCUUUCAUUACUGAAUCAUACUUUCCAAAACAUAAGGGACAGCAUGCAGAAGAAAAGCUCUUUGCCCAGGAGGAAUAUGAGCUUUCUCAGCAAUCAGAAGUGAGUCUCCAUCAGAAAAUCCACAGAGGGAAAAAGUCCUAUGAAUGUAAAAUAUGUGGAAAGUGCUUUCAUUGGAAAACGAGCUUCAACAGACAUCAUAGUACUCACACUGGGGAGAAGCCCUAUGAAUGUACGGAAUGUAGGAAAGCUUUUUGCCAAAAGUCACACCUCACUCAGCAUCAGAGAGUUCAUACAGGUGAGAGGCCAUAUAUAUGUUUAGAAUGCAGGAAAGCUUUCUAUCGUAAGUCAGAGCUCACUGACCAUCAGAGAAUUCAUACAGGUGAGAAGCCAUAUGAAUGUAAGGAAUGUGGGAAAGCUUUUUGCCAAAAGCCCCAACUCACUCUACAUCAGAGAAUUCAUACAGGUGAGAAACCCUAUGAGUGUACAGAAUGUGGGAAAGCCUUCUCCACCAAGUCCUAUUUAACUGUACAUCAGAGAACUCACACAGGUGAGAAACCUUAUGAAUGUACAGUAUGCAGGAAGUCGUUUAUUUGUAAAUCGAGUUUCAGUCAUCAUUGGAGAACUCAUACUGGUGAAAAACCUUAUGAAUGCAAGCAAUGUAUGAAGACAUUCUACCGCAAGUCAGGCCUGACUCGACACCAGAGAACUCACACAGGUGACAAACCCUAUGAAUGUCAAUUAUGUGAGAAAGCAUUUUACUGCACUUCACAUCUCACUGUACAUCAGAGAACUCAUACAGGUGAGAAACCCUAUGAAUGUAAGGAAUGUAGGAAAUCUUUCUAUGAUAAGUCAAAUCUUAGACGGCAUCAAAAGAUUCAUACUAUGGAGAAAGCCUGUGAAUGCAAACAGUGCAACAAAUCUUUGCUGAGUAACACUUCUCAGCAUCAGACAAUGUACUAUGAAUAUGAAGAAUGCAAGAAAGCUUUGCACCAUAAAACAAACUUUACUUAAACAUCUAACACUUCUUACAGGUAUGGGAACCUGUGAAUGUAAAGAACACUUGGAAACAUUUACCAAAUCAGAUCUUACUGUAUAUAGGAAUACUUACAUGAGAGAUUAAACCUUAUGAAUAAACAGUUAAGGAAAAUCUUGAUGUAUGCUUUUUUUUUUAAAUUAAAGAACUCACAAUUGACUGACAAGUAAUUUAACUAGGUACAUUAGUGAUUGCUUUUAAUCCAACAUAAGACAUAUGUUCAUGGUGGAGGGUCAUUUGUUCAUAGGCAACAGAGGAUGACACCAUGACUUAAAAAAAUGCAAAAUAUUCUUCUUGAGGUUCUCUUGACAUGCUAUCAGAACCGAUAAAAGUAGAGAAUUGCCCCAAACUCUAAAUAGAAUUUAGAACUCAUUGCUGGACUGUUGGUGCAUGCUUGUUAUCUCCAUACUCAGAAGGUCAAGGAAGGAGGUUCAGGAGUUAUAGUCUAAUAUUGGCUAUAGAGCAAGUUGAAACCCAGCCUGUGUAACAUGAAACCUUAAAAAAAAACCUCAGAUAAUUAAAAAUAGAAGAAUUUGCGAAUCUAUUGGUGUCACAAACUCUAUAAGUGACAAAGGACAAGAAUACAAUUAGGGGGAAAUGUUGCCAUACCUCACUUCUAUUUCAGUAUUUUAUAGGAGUUUUAUAGUAAGUUUGUAGAAACAUGUGGAACUGUGGAAAUCAUGCUACUGUGUAUCACUUCACGCAUAACAGCAAGUCUUGGAGGUUUUCUGGCUGCUGUCUGUAUGGUCUAUAUGCUCCCUUACCAUGUUACAAAUCCUUUGAGCAAAUGAAAGAUUUGAUGACUUGGUGAAAGGAUGCCAAAUCUGUCAAGAUCAAGAAAAAUGAGGGUAAUGUGAAGUUCAAAGUUUAUUGCAACAGAUACCUAUACCUUGAUAAUCACAGAUAAGUCAGGGAACCUGAAACAUAAUGAAGGAGCUAAAAUGAAACACACUCUCAUUUGGAUUCUAUUAAAAUCCUACAAUAUAAAAAAUAGUUCUGUUUAUAUAACUUGGGUAUUAAUUGGAAAUAAUAAGUUAUUUGAAAUUAUUAUUUCAGAUUGUGUUCAAUUGUGUACAAGCAGGAUGGUUGUUCCUUGUCAGUGUAAAUUGGCCUCCAAUCUGAGGCACUUGUAGCUGACAUAAAUGAAAGUUUAUUAGUUGAUACUCAAAUCUAGUGAACAGGCUUGAACAUACAUCUCAAAUAUAAGUAUGUCCUGUAUUUAUUUUGUUUUAGAAAUCUGAAUUGAGGGCACUCAGCAUGAGUAGAAUUUGUUACAUAUGUAACAAAUAUAGUCAGAGACUACUUCAGAAGUCGGGUGCAUGCCUUUUUAUGUAUGUGGUUUUGAUUGCAGUUUCAGACUUACACAGUAUUAAAGUGCUUUGGUCAUAUUAGUUAGCUUGGUACUACUGUGGACAACUAUUUGACAGAACCAAUUUAAGGGUGUACGUAUUUAUUUAGAUCCUAAUUUCAUAUAGUCAAUAGCUACUUGACUCUGACCAUGUAGAUCAUGGCAGAAGUGCUUUCUAACUUCUUGAUAGGAAACAGCAAAGAAGUGGCUGAAUAUCAUCAGGUUUAUUCUUUAAAGAUAUCUAACAGUGACAUGUAUUUAAAAAAAGGAAAAAAAACCCUCAAGUAGUUUCACCUCUAAAGUAUUGCCACAGUUUGAGAAUCAAACAUGCAACACAGAAGCCUCUAGGCAACAUUUCAGAUUCAAAUCAGAAUAUACAGUUUUCACAUUAAACAAUUACCCCAUUUAUAUUUUGUUAAAUAUAUCCCAUUCUUAAUGAGUUGUAUGGGUAUUUUUAUAAAACUAUUUAUUCAGAUAGAAACUGAAGCUCUAUCCACUGCUCCAAGAGGGCAACUGCUAAUGUAUUUAAAAUAUUUAACCAACAUAGAACCUGCGAUUGUGUCUAAUAUUAACAAUUCAUGUUGAAAUGCAGAAAUCUGGUACACAAUUGUUUAUAAUUGACAUCUGAAUUAAAGCAUUUUAGUCAACAA